UUAUUUUUAAAAUCAAUAUUUUCAAGAAAUACACUGAAUAAGUUCCUUUUUUCAGCAGAAAUGAAUACUGAAUACGUUACCGCUGGAAAAAAAUAGAGUACUAAAUAGAUACUUUAAUUUAUUGUACUUUGAAAAAUACCUUCUUUUCAUGAGUCCUGGAUUUCUUUCCAAGAGUAUGUCCAUAACUAUAAUUCUUAUUAGUAUUUAUAUUUUGUACUCUCUUUUAACCAAGACAAACUUAAAAUGAAGAUUCAAAUCCAGCUUAUAACUAAAACAGAAUAACAAAUGGCAUCAAUUAAAAUAAGAAACUAUCAUUCUCAUAAAUAUUUCAGUAAAUUAUAAAUAUAUUGCCCAACAGUUUAAGCAAUGUAACAAACAAAUAAAACAGGUGAAUUAUGUCAUUGAAUCCCGUUAAAACUAUGUAACUUAAAGGGUUUUGACUCAGGAAUUUAAACACUUAACAUUCAAUAGCCGAUUUAAUUUUGGAAAAUCAGGCCAUCUCACUCUUUUACUUCAUCCAAAUCAAGUGCUGUUUCAAAAGAGAUAAAUGAUCAAAUAAACGCAACCAAUGGAUAGAUUUUCUUCGAAAAUCGUACUUGACUGAGAUAAAUAAAUAUGUAUACAAACAGCUCACUCCAAAAAAAUAGAAGAGAUAUGUAUGAAUGCCGAAGGAACAAGCAUCUUUCUUUUGAUAAAAAUUCUAAACAAAAUUUGCUCAAUUCUUCUUUACCAAUACAAUUGGAUAAUGUUGAUCAUUACUAUUAUGAAUUAAUGAAAUUGUGUUCAACAUCAAAAAAUUAUGAUAAAAAUUCUAAAACCUCUGAUUUUUAUUGCCAGAAACCACUUACUAACACUUUUAUGAGUAGUAAUUCAAAUUAUUCAGCAGAAUUUCAAAAUUCACAUUUACUCUGUUGCCUCUGUUGUAGUGAACAUAGUAUUGGUAAUCCUGAUAAAAGUGUUGUCCAUUAUUUGAACAGUUGUUGUAAUUCACAAAAAUUACAACGUAUUAUACAUAAUCUAAUAUUGAUCUUAUUAGGUAUUUCAAUAGUUUUAUCUAUAAUACUCUCUUUACUAGGUAUUUUUUUAAAUUAUCGUACUUGUUUAACAGCUGGUUGUAUUCUAGGCAUAGCGAGUUUUGGUGCGUUAUUACACAGUUGUUUAAGACAUCGUGCAUUACCAAAUUCAUCAAUACCAAUUAUAUUGGGUCAAUCAUAUAUGCAUCCUGUAGUGAAUAAUAUACCAUUAUCAAUGAAUAAACUUUAUAGAAAACAUCAACAAUUUGCUCAAAGACACCGACAACUGCUAAAUUACGAUUAUUCAAGGAAUAAUUUAACCAAACAUUCAUAUUUUACACCCACAGAUGGUUUUUAUACUAACGACCAGGAUUAUAAUAAUUCUAAGAAUAAUCAUGGUAAAAAUAUUCCAAUAAAGUGUAAAAGAAAUCUAGAUAAAUUAUGCUAUACUACUUAUCAAACUACCACUGAUGUGGAGUACAAUCAUUCAGGUAACGAAAGAAAUAUGGAAUGUUCAAGUGAAUCAUCAUCAAUACCAUCAAUGAAAUUGUCAGUAACAACUGUAUCAGGAGACUUAGUAGAGACGACAUCAGUAACAACAACAACAACAACAACAACAAUAAACACAGUAGCCUCGUCACAAAAACGCAGUGAUGAUAAUAAUAACAUCAAUAAACAAAACAUAUCUCUACACAAGAAUCCAGUGAAGUGUGAUGAUAACAAAUCAAUAACUUUUAUUGAAUGUGGAAUUUGUCGACCCAGUUCAUCAUAUCCCACGGAUUACGAGUAUCAAAGAAAUCAUAUGGAUUAUACUCAUUCAAACAAUUUAGUCGAUGAAUCAAAGAAUUAUGUACCAAGAUACUCUUCACCGUGUUCUUCCACUAAAGCUACUAAUGUACAACAACUACAGUUCAGGUAUUCUGAUUCACGUGAUUUAAGUUUAUCAUCAGAAAUUAAGGCAGAAUCACAAGAUCAAAUCAAACGUGUGAAACCCUUUCAAAAAAACACAUUUACUCAUAUACAACCCAAUUCUUUAAAUUCAUGCAACAUUGAAGUUGAUAAACAGUUUCAUCCAUAUUAUUCUGUAAAUUCAUCAGUUGAUGGAAAAUCAAAUCUUUUCAUUCAUAAUACUCAUAUUAAUGAACAGCCGAAACAUUUAAACUCUUUUAUGAUUUAUCCAAAUUCUAAAUCAAGAAAUAAAAUAAUUUUAAGAAAUUAUCUAAAUUUAUUGGAUGGAUUAUAUCGUCAUGUAAAUCAUUCACAGAGACCAAACUAUUCUAAUGAUCGUUCUAAUGAAGAAUACAACAGUGAUAUAUUUGGUCCACGUGUAUGGCUAAGUUGGAAAAAUUGGAUAGAUAAAUAAUGGAACUAGUUUCUUACCAUCAUUAUAUAUGUAUCCAUCAGUGUAAUGUAUCGACAAACUAGUUAAAAGAUGUAUAGUGAAUUAAACUUAGUUGAAGAAUUAUUAGAAGCUGGACCAAAGAUACUAGAUAACUGUUGUCACACAUAUACAGUAUCUCAUCAGUGUAUGCAUACAUUUCGUCCAAUUUGGCAUACAUCUCUAUAUUGUUUAAGCUCACAAUACCACCGAAUGGUUUAUCUGUAUUAAUUAAGAGACGUUCGCUAUGAUCCAACAGUUGUUUGAAGUAAUCCAGUAUACCAAUCUGUGUUUAGCUUUAUAGUUCAUUAUUAAUUUCCUGGAAUAGUUGACUGAACAACAGAAAUUAUUCGUAAUAUAUAUUCAAAGAUAAAAGUCAUGAUCAUCUGAUUUUGUUAAUUACAAACUUCAUCACAACUACAACAGCAUAACCUUCAGGAUUAAUAUUUAGUCCAUGGUAUAUACUUUAACAAAUAUUUUCCCAUAAAUUUUUAUUUUUAAUGAAAUAUAAUCCGAAUCUAUUUUUUUCUUGGUAACUUUUUACUAAAUUACUUUUCGUUUUAAGGUUUAUUUGAAUACUUAGAUGUCAGACAGGGAAAUGGU